AUGGUGCCGGCAGCACUGCCCGUCCGGCACCGCUUCGCGGGAAGGAUUCUGAGACCAAUCGGCAGCCAGGAUGAGAGGAAGACCGGCAAAGGGAGCAGGAGGAGGCGGGUCCGUGUUGCCGUAGCAGCGGGACGCCGCGAGGCGGGUGCGCCGCGCAGAGGAUAUGAUACAGCUGGAACAGACUUGGAGAAGGAUGACAAAGACAGCAGAAGGCAGAGAAGGACUUUAUUACCAGUAGCAGCAGAUUUCCAGAGAAUGAGUCAAGCUGGUGAUGAAAGUUCCAGUUCCGAUGAAGAAGAAUUGGAAGUCAAAAAGGAGCAACCUAUCUGUGCUUUAGCUCCAACAGUGUAUACCCGAGAUGAAGGAUCCACUGAUGUAACAUCAAGUCCUGCAUUUCAGUGUUUAGAUGAGCUAUUUUCUGCUGGAAAACUUACUGGCUCCAGAGUAGCUGAGCUGAAGGCAAAGUACAACCUGCUGCAUGAAACUGUGAGAAGUUUGCAAGAAGAGAAAGGACUUCUGGAAAAAGAAUAUGAAAGAAUUCCAAAGCAAGGUGAAGCAGAUAAGAAAAUUAAAAAAAUGAAAGAAGAUUGUGAUGAGCUCCUCAAAGAAGUAAUCCAAAGGAAAGCAGAAGUUAACGCAAUGAAAGAAGACAUUUUAUCCAAGCAGAAGCUGAUGAUAAUAGAUAAGAAAGAAGUGGAAAAGCUUCUGGAGGUCCAGGACGGUUUAAAAGAUGAAUUAGUUAAGAUCCUUGGUGUUCCAGUGCAACUUAGAAAGGAAGCUGAGAAGAUAAAUCAGAAAAAAACCGAUGCAGAGAAUCAAAAUGAAGACCUUAAUAGCCAAAUGCAGGAGUUAAACUGUGCCCUGAAAGAUAUUGACAAAGGGACAGAAAAUAUCUUGCAAGAAAGAGAAGAUGUAAUGAAGGAAUUGGAUGGAAAAAGAGCUUUGCAGGAGAGCAAAGAACAAGAAUGUGCUGCUUUGAUAAGAUUGCUAGAAAUUGGCAGAGAAAAGGAACUGAUGAUCCUGGUAGAGAGAGACUCUCUGAACCAUGCAUUAAAGGAACAAAUCCUUGAGAAAAAGCAACAACGGGAAACUCUCAUUCACAUGCAAGUAGAGAAAGAUAAAGAACUGAGAAAUCUGAAAAAGAUGGAGCUACAGCUGAACACGAUUUAUGAGUCCUUGGAACAAGACAAGUCACAGCACAAAACAUUGAAAUUAGAGGCAGAAGCUAUCCCUAAAAUUAAUGGAGUAUUACUAGAAAGAAGACGAGAACUGCAGAAGGAAAUUGAAAUGAAAAAGAGAUGUUUAGCUAAACAGGAGCUGGUAUCAGGUAUGGAUGCCCGCAUGUUAGAGGAAUGUAUUGCUGAAGAAGGCCGGCUGUUCAAGGAGCAGGAAAGAUGCCGCAGUGAGUUAUCCAGACUUGCACAGCUGACUUGGCUGAAAGUUGAAGAGAAGGAACAGAAAUCAAGGGAAGUUCAGAAAGUCCAGAUGCAACUUCAAAAUAUUAUUAAAGAAAUAAAAAGAAAGGAUCUUGAAAUAGAACACUAUAAGAAGAGGAAAAGAAGAGUCCAGAAAGAACUCCAAGGAGUUGCUAAAAUGUGUGAUAUAAUCCAAAGUGAAAGGAAUAAAUGUAUACAUUUGGUGCAUGUUGCUCAGCAGAAAACAACUGAAAUUAAAGACCGGAUAAAAGUAAAAGCAAGUGAAAGAGAAACUUUAAGGAAUACUCUUAUAACCCAAGAAAGAGAACUGCAGAAACAACACAUGAAGAAUAAAAAUAACGUAGCAAUUAAAGAGAGUCUCAAAAACGAUUGCUCCAAAGUCAUGCAAGUCAUGUAUGAAAUGAACGAAAAGAAAAAGCAACAGGUUUUGGAUCUUGACAGACUUGCCAAUAUUGUUAUCCACAUUGAAGAGGAAAUUGCGCAGCUGCACAAAAAGUACAAAAGAGCCAUUGAGGAACAAAACGAGAGUGGCCUUCUGCUUAGAAGUCGAGAAGAAGAAAUAUGUAUUUUAUAUGAAAAAAUAAAUGUACAAGAGUUUUUGUGUAGAAAAGGAGAUAUUGAGAUGCAAGCUAUGGAUGAAAAAAUCAGUUUUCUGAAGAUGAAGGUGGCUGAGAAAGAGAGACAGAUUAAAUUCUGGCUCAAAGCACUCCCAAUGAAGAGAGCCCUGGAUGCAGAGUUGGUCAUACUUCAGAUACAGUAUUCCCAGUGCAAGGACAGGAUUAAAGAGAUGGAGGAAAUCUUUGUUGACCCCAUGAAUGAGAGCAGAAAGCGAGACCUGGGAGGGAAGGACCCGUCUCCACCUGAACUGCAGAAGAAGAUUGAACAGCUGGAGGUGGAGCUGGUACAGAAGGAGGAGAAGCUGCUGGAGACAGACAUGAUCUACGAACACAUUGCCCGGCUCACAGACAAGAUCCGUGCCACAGCAGAGAAUGGGAAGCAGGGCACGCUGCUGUUAGCAACAAGGAUAAAUGAACUACAGAAGAAGAUAAAAGACAGGACCCGGAAGAUGAUGGCUCUUGUGGCAGAGUUAUCCAUGAAGCAAGCACUUGCCAUUAAACUCCAGCAGGAAAUGAGAGACAGAGAAGAGUUUUUGAUGAUUGUUUCAUCAAGGAUAGAUCAAGGCCUCCCUCCUCCUAAAGAGACAGAGAUUGAAUGGUUGAAGGUUUUACGCGAUGAGAAGAUGCACAAAGAAGCAGCAGAGGCCAGAGCUAGACAGGCUGCAGAAGAGGAACAAGCUGCAGUGCCCGGCCAUGUCCUCACAACAGCUGAACCACGGCCAACUGCUUAUGUCCCAGAUGAUGCAUACAGCCUGCCAGUGCCACGGCCCUAUGGCGCUUUGGCUCCUUUCAAGCCAAGCGAACCCGGUUCAAAUAUGAGACAUUUCAGAAAACCAAUUAUAAAGCCAAUCGAAAUCUGAGAAGACAACACAAGGAGGAAGAGAAGCCCUUACCAGUUGCUGAGUAUCACAGGUCAAUAGCAUUCAGACUACAUGAAAUGCCCAUUAGAGUAUAGCCAACUUCCACACGGUAAACAAAGUAGUACUUAAUGCCAGAAGCACAGCUAAAUAUUCAGUGAUACAAGUUCCUUCCUUCUGACUACGUGGAGCCUGGUAUGCCAAAUGCACUGCAGUAUUUUAAAAUGAGUAAUUAUCAUACCACGCUUUUGUUUUUUCAGGUCAAGUUUUAUUGCAUCUAUUUUACAGCACAUUUCAUUAAAAAGAAUAAGGUAGAAGAUCUUCUCUGGUUACCAAUAGCACACGAAUGAAGUCUCCACAUAUUACACAAAUACACCACCACAGCUUUCCACAGUCCAAGACUGAAAAAAAUUAUUCAACUGACAAAAAUUUAUGUCACUGUUCAAAAUAGGAAAAAGUGCACACCAAAAACUAAACCCACUUCAAUUAUUCAUAAAUAAUAGUUGAAAAUGAGGAGAAAACAACCUCCAGCAGUUCUUCCUGAAGCUGAGUUUUGAACCAUAAUACUAAAAGUUAGAAGGAAAAAAUUCAGUAAAACUCAUUCCAUGCUGCUGUGAAGAUACAUUUCCAAAGAAUUUUCUUCUUGUCCUGCAUUGCAUUCAAUAUAUUAUAAGCAUCUUAAAAAAAAAAAAAAAAAACAUACAUAAAAUCCCUCUCCCAUAUAAUUUAAGGAGACUACAUUUUGUGCUAAUUACAUAGCUCAAUAUAUUAGAAUCCCACUCCAAAGGCAGAAGUACCGUAAGACAAUACAUGACCACCACAAGGAAUGAGUAUCAUUAUUGAUGAUUAUAUACAAAGACUGAUGCCUCAUUUGUUAUUCUUACCUAUUUUACAUCAUCACAUCAAGAAAUGCCUUUAUUAGUCUAAGUGAGUAAAUAGUGGCCAAUUUUUUGUUACUGUACAGCUGGACUACCCUUUCCAGCACUGUCUGUCUCAUUAAAACUGUUGAGAGAAUA